CUGGUCAAAGUCGCCCAUACAAACGCGGUGGAGCUACCAUUGCAGAAAGUGUCACAAAGGAACGACGUUCUUUGUCAACACAAAAGGAUUUCGAUCUAUACAUUGCCAGAUACGCUUCGCAGAAUAAUAAUGACAGCUCUAAAAGAAAUACUUUUGGUUCUUCCUUGCACAAGGCUUUGAAACGGGACGUAUAUUUGGAUGAGUUAGACUGGGACGAUAACGAGGUGUAA